AUGAAGCAAACCUCCCGCCGUACACCUGGUCAGCCGACAGACCAACCCAGCAACGCCAUACACAGGCUAUCAGAAGUUGUACCUCGAUUUCAAUCCCUCACCGUAUCCUCAGCAGCCAAUCAAGCCAAGACAGAAUAUCGACGAGGUGAAUUUCUUGAGCAGUUAGUCAGCCAGAAAUAUCCAGCAGUGGUGGCCGAGGAGCAUAUCCAGUUUAUUCGUGAUUCUUUCACAAGCUUCAAUGAAAAACUUAAGAAACUACAUACGGGUGUACCAAUAGUACAUCAGGGACUCAGAAGAAGUGCUAGACAUAGUAAUAUCGACAAUGGCAUGAGUGCUGAAAUGGGUGGGGAGAUGGCUAUAGACGUUGAUGACGAUAAAGAUAGAGAUCAUAAUGAAGAUCGUGAGGCUGCAUCUCCUCAACUUACCGCGGAACAGGAGGCAGAAGAUGAAGAACACUGGCGCCAAGCAGUAAAUGCCCAUUCAAUUGAUACGACUAUGACCAAUUAUUUUGUAGAAAUGGGUUACCAAGCGCCACCUUCUCCGCCAAAGGAAGAAUCGAAAGUACAAGAACAGGAAGAACCUCGACUCCCUAAGCGCAAGGCUCACUCGAAGAAGUGGGUACCAAGUCUUACCAAGAACAGCAAACGUGCCUCGCUACCACCCCCCAAUACCGAGCAGCUAUUCCAUAAUCUAUCCCUGCACAACACUGCACCUGAACAAAAUGUUGCCGCAACUGGUACCAUAGUUGGCGGGUCAUUAGAGUCAUCUCUUUCCAGUCCAUCAAUGCCUCCUCCCAAGCGUGCCAAGACGGAAUCUUCACCCUCUGCCAGAUCAGAUUUCAGACUCAAGCAACCUCCUCGCUGUGCCUCGUGUGUACAGAUGAAAAAGAACUGCGACCGUCGAACUCCUUGCGGAAGAUGUUCUGGCAUGCGCGACUACAAGUUGUGCAUUCCAUACUGGAGAGAUUUGCAAAGAAAUUGGGACGCAGAGCGAUCAGGAUUGUGA